AUGGCUCUUAAGCGCAUUAACAAGGAACUCACUGAUCUCGGACGGGAUCCCCCCUCCUCCUGCUCUGCUGGUCCUAUUGGAGAUGACCUGUUCCACUGGCAAGCAACUAUCAUGGGCCCUGGUGACUCACCUUACUCUGGGGGCGUCUUCUUCCUCUCAAUUCACUUCCCUACCGACUACCCAUUCAAGCCGCCAAAGGUCAACUUCACCACCCGUAUCUACCACCCCAACAUCAACUCCAACGGCAGCAUCUGUCUCGACAUCCUUCGUGAUCAAUGGAGCCCUGCCCUGACAAUCUCGAAAGUACUGCUUUCGAUCUGUUCGAUGCUCACAGACCCCAACCCCGACGACCCUCUUGUGCCGGAAAUCGCACAUGUCUAUAAGACAGACCGCUCACGGUACGAGGCGACGGCUCGUGAAUGGACUCGCAAAUACGCUAUUUGA